AACCCUCGCGCAGGUUACCGAACAAAGAUGGCAGCCGUGGCACGCAAAUGUCAUGUUGUGAUCAGUUUUGUGAUUGUGCAGUGUUUAGUGUCAAUAUCCUGGUGUCAGUUCGAUUCUGGAGGACGUUAUUAUUCCAGGGAUGGAUUGUACGGCCCUCCGAACCCGGGCGCGCGAUACAGAACUUACACGUAUAACAAUAGACGCUAUGGGCAAAACCUGCCAGGACAGAAUGGCUUGCCUGGUGUGCCAGCGUAUCCUGGACAGCCUGGAUAUUAUCCUAAUCAGGACGAUAGGAAUAGAUACAGCCCAAAUAAUCCAGAUGGUUCGCCUCGAACACCAUUCCCUGGCGUGUUGGGUGGUUGGCGAGACGAUUUGCAAGGUAAACAAAGACGAGACUCCAUCACUCUUGACCGCGACAUAUUUGUUACGACAAAUUAUGGACAAGUUCAAGGUUUUAAGGUGUAUUUAUAUGAUAAUCCCGAUCCAUCAUAUAGACCAUGGAACAACGUAGUGGAUCGCAUAUUCGGACAUGCAAAUGUUUUCUUAGGAAUUCCAUAUGCUAUGCCACCAACUUUGGAAGGAAGAUUUAAGCCUCCUAGACCUCAUCGAGGUUGGCAGCAACUGCAAGCCGUCGAUUUUGGACCCGCUUGUCCACAACCGGCCAGAUACACAGGCGCCACGAAAGGAAUCAGAGAUGUUGAUGAAGACUGCCUUUACUUAAAUGUUUUCUCUCCGAAUAUUGCGGCUGGAGUGGCGGAAAAAUACCCUGUAAUGGUAUACAUUCAUGGAGGCGAAUUUUACAAGGGGGCAUCGAACCUAUUUCCUGGUCAUAUGUUAGCUGCUUUUUACGAUGUGGUCGUUGUUUCAAUUAAUUACAGAUUGGGUGCUCUUGGUUUCUUGAGCACUGGCGAUGAAAAUUCGCCUGGAAAUUAUGGUAUUCUAGAUCAAGCCAUGGCUAUACGUUGGGUUUAUGACAAUAUCGAAUUUUUCAACGGUAAUCGAAAAAGCAUUACGCUUUUUGGACCAGGAGCGGGCGCAGCAUCUGCUGGUUUAUUAAUGGUUGCACCUCAGACCAGAGACAUUGUCACCAAAGUUAUAGCUCAGAGUGGUUCGGCUAUGGCAGAUUGGGCACUAAUUGUAGACAAAUAUCGAGCACAAAAUACAAGUCGCGUCUUCGGACAAUUAUUAGGAUGUAGCAUUGACUCAUCUUGGAAACUUGUGACCUGCCUUCGACAAGGUCGGAAUUUCUACGAAUUAGGAAAUGCAGAAUUCCAGCCUCAAGUGGGAACAUUUCCUUGGGGUCCAGUUUUGGACGUUAAUAUGACGAUACCUGGUGAUGAUUGGUAUGAAGGCUGGAAAGAACAAGAUUGGCACUUUUUAAAAGAAACGCCAGAAGAACUAGUUAAAAGGGGGGCUUUCAAUCGUGGAUUACAAUACAUGAGUGGCGUCACUACACAGGAAGCUGCCUUUGUCAUAUAUGAAAAUGAAACGCUUGCACCGUAUUUUGAAGUAGACGAAUUGUUUUUUGAGCAGAAAGUUAAAGAGCUAGUGUUUCGAUACAAUUACACUUUGAACCCAGAAGGUGUUUAUGAAGCUAUUAAAUAUAUGUACACUUACUGGCCAGCACCAAAAAAUCAAACACUCAUUAGAGAACAAUAUAUAAAUAUGUUGUCAGACUUCUUGUACAGAGCACCUAGUGAUAAAAUGGCAAAGCUUUUACUUGAAAAGGGAGUACCCGUUUACAUGUAUGUUCUGAAUACUACCAUAGAAGCUUUUAAUCUGCCAGAAUGGAGAAAGGUUCCUCAUGACACUGAAUUGUAUUUAUUAACGGGAGCACCAUUUAUGGAUAUCGAAUUCUUUCCUUCAAAACUUCGUUGGGAUCGAAACAUGUGGACACCGAAUGAUAGAAAUAUGAGCCACUUUUUUAUGAAAGCUUACUCAGAUUUCGCUAGAUAUGGGAAUCCGUCCCAUCAACAAAUUUUGGGAUUGCACUUUGAAAAAGCACGAGCAGGAGAACUAACUUAUUUGAACAUAAAUACUACCUACAAUUCUUCCAUAAUGUUAAACUACAGACAGACUGAGAUGGCUUUUUGGAGUCAGUACCUUCCUACAGUUAUAGGUCAAUUAGUACCCACAUACCCACCAUCAACAGAGUAUUGGUGGGAGCCAAAAGAACCCUUGCAAAUUGCGUUUUGGAGUAUGUCUGCGGCCUGUUUAUUGCUUUUCGUGAUGGUUGUAGUAUGUUGCAUAUUAUGGAGAAAUGCUAAGAGGGAAGGCGAUCGUUACUACAGUGAUGCUGGCGAUCUGUUUAUGAUGCCUGAAGAUGUACAUAGAGAUGGGGUAGGCGGAAUAGAAAACCAUAGCACCAGACAAAAAUCUCGCGAAAACAUAUAUGAGUACCGUGAUACGCCGACCUCACUUGUGGAGCGUCACAUAUCAGGAGGAAGGGCGCCAUCUUCAUCAAGACCACCUUCCAGUGCAGCUACCACUUGCCCAGCGAGAUCGGCUUCUCAAGGAUCUCUAGGAACUAGCAGCAGUGCUGUAAGUCUCAAAGAUUGUGUGACUAGCAGUCCAAAUCCUACUGAAACUAAUAGAAAGAUGGCAGGCACCCCAGUUAUGGGAAGCAAAAAAGGCCAAAGCAGAAGUAGGACUCAAUUGGUUCAAGGAGUGCCACAAACUGAAGUUUGA